UAAUAAUAGAUGUUAAUGGAUUAGUUAUAAGGUUGUUUGGGUCAUUUGGUAAGGUUUACCUUUGGGAGGAAGCUGUGUCCGAUCGACUCAACCUCGUUCACCUGCAUUCGUUGCGUUAAUCUCUGUAUCCUCAAAUUCAGGUUUGAUAGAAAGAGACCCUAACCCCCAAAUUUCUAGGGUUCCAUAACGCAAUUAUGUCUCAGAACGGGAAGCUGAUGCCGAAUCUGGACCAACACACCACUAAGCUUCUCAACCUCACUGUUCUCCAACGAAUCGACCCUUUCGUUGAGGAAAUUCUCAUCACUGCCGCACACGUCACCUUCUACGAGUUCAACAUCGACCUCAGUCAAUGGGUUUGCUCUUUCUUCCUUUUUCUUUUUCUUCUUUUCAUUCUCCCACUCUCUCUCUCUCUCUCUCUCAACGCUUUAUCUUUGCAGAGCCGCAAGGACGUUGAAGGAUCUCUCUUCGUCGUUAAGAGGAACACACAACCGCGAUUUCAGUUUAUUGUGAUGAACCGUCGCAAUACUGAAAAUUUGGUGGAAAAUCUCUUGGGGGAUUUUGAGUAUGAAGUUCAGGUUCCAUAUCUACUAUAUAGAAAUGCUGCUCAAGAAGUGAAUGGAAUCUGGUUCUAUAAUGCACGUGAAUGUGAAGAGGUUGCUAAUCUUUUUAGCAGGAUCCUUAAUGCAUAUGCCAAAGUGCCUCCAAAAUCAAAGGUUUCUUCUACAAAAAGUGAGUUUGAGGAACUAGAAGCAGUACCAACUAUGGCAGUUAUGGAUGGUCCUCUUGAGCCAUCAUCAUCUGCUACUUCCAAUGUGGCUGAUGUUCCUGAUGAUCCAUCCUUUGUAAAUUUCUUCAGUUCAGCUGUGGCCAUCGGGAGUACUUCAAAUGCUCCAAUUACUGGACAACCAUAUCAGUCUUCUGCUACAAAUUCUUCAUCUUCUGUGCCAACUCAUGCUGCUACACCCACUGUGCCAACAUUACAGAUACCCUCUCUUUCAGCCUCUACUCCUCUAAUACCCCCGUACGAUGCUCCUGAAUCCAUCAGCAGCAGCAACCGAGCCGCAAAACUUGUGAAGCCUUCCUCUUUUUUUGUCCCUUCCCCUUCUUCAGCAAUGAUGAUACCCCCCGUGUCUUCUUCAUCUACACCUACUGCCCCUCCACUUCAUCCUACUGUUAAUGUGCAACGCCCUUAUGGUACUCCACUGCUGCAGCCAUUUCCCCCUCCAACUCCACCACCAUCACUUACUCCUGCUCCUUCUCCCCUUCCAAACCAUGGUUUAGUUAUUUCAAGAGAAAAGGUCCGAGAUGCUCUUCUGGUGCUAGUUCAGGACAAUCAAUUCAUUGAUAUGGUCUAUAGAGUGCUGCUGAAUACUCAUCAAUCAUGACUUCCCACAGGUGUUUAAUUAUCAACUCGCAGGAUGAAUUGUUUUUUUGGGAUGAAUACGUUUGCUAUAAUUUUUAGGCCAGGCUUUAAUCAUGUCAGCAACUUUAAAAUGUUUCAGUCAAUUUCAAUUUGUAAAAUUGGUUGUGCUUUGUGAUGACCAUUUUGAUCUAGCUAGUUUCCUGUAUGUCACUGGUUUUUAAAACAAGACAUUGUGAUUUAAAUGCCAUAUCAACUGUAUUAGUGGCAUGACAUGGCAGGAAAUGAUGAGAGGUCUGGAUGAAUGGUUAGAGCAACUCGGAACUGAUAUUACAAAUUAUGGCGAUCGAUUGAAACAAAUCUCCAAAUUAUAAGGAGUGGAAAGGUUGUUAUUGAGCCUUGUUUAUUGUGUAUUUUAUUAUAUUGUUAUAUUUCAAGAAGACUCUGUAUAGCACCAUUGGUCAGUGUUUCAAAGAAAAUGGACUGUGCUACAUAAUGCAAGUAUAUAAUCAGCCCU